AUGGUAGCCGGUAGCCAAAACAUGAACAACGCAUGUUUCGCCAGACUCACAACGCCACUCCCCGUGACGAAAAACUUUCACGUCGUGGCCGUUCGAUAUUUCUCAACUUGCGCGGCGGCCCCACUCUUCCGCUUCUCCUCCUCCUCCAUCCCACUCGUCCACCUCAGCCCAUCCUUCGUCCUCAACUCCUGCCUAACCUUGUCUGACGCCCCACAACGGUCAGACGAGUGGUUCGCCCUCCGCAAGGACAAGCUAACUACGAGCACCUUCAGCACAGCCCUCGGCCUCUGGAAAGGAAACCGCCGUUACGAGCUCUGGCACGAGAAAGUCUUCCCUCCUUCCGACUCGGACUCGGACUCGGAUGUGGGCCCCACAAAGCGGGGCGCAAUGGAAUGGGGUGUUUUAAACGAGGCAGUGGCAAUCGAGCGGUACAAGAGCAUAACGGGCCGAGAUGUGGGCUUGUUGGGCUUUGCGGUCCACGCGGACGAGGGGCUGGGCUGGAUCGGAGCCUCGCCAGACGGGCUUCUCGGGUGCUUCCCGGGAGGUGGGGUUUUGGAAGUGAAGUGCCCGUACAAUAAAGGUAGGCCGGAGAUGAUGGUUCCGUGGUCGAACGUGCCGUUUUACUACAUGCCUCAGGUGCAAGGGCAGAUGGAGGUUAUGGAUAGGGAUUGGGCGGAUUUGUAUUGUUGGACUCCGAACGGGAGCACGAUAUUCCGAGUGUGUAGAGAACGCGGGUAUUGGGAGUUGAUGCGCGGGGUUUUGCGCGAGUUUUGGUGGGAGAAUGUUUUGCCAGCGAGGACGGCUGUUUUGGCGGGGAGAGGGGAGGAAGAGGUGAAGUCGUUGUUCAAGCCGAGCUCGACGCACAAGUUGACGGGGCUCAUCAUAUCCAAAAGCUUGAAAAUGGCGGGCGAGACGAAGAUGCUGUGUAAGGAGAUUGCGGGGCAUGUCGAAUAUUUUCGUUGAUUUUUUAUUUUCUUUGUUUGAUGGAAGAUGGAUGGAGUUUCUUUGACAACGUUCAUCUGUGGUCGUGCAAUUUAGCGACCUAUGUGCUGCUGGUAUUAUUAUUUUGAUGGUUAGUUUCAUUGAAAUUAGAUUUGUUCUUUCUCCUUUUUUAUUAGCCUACGUUUGCUAUUUCAUACUAGACUAGAUUUGGUUUUUGUAUACUUUUGAUAUUGCAAGCAUUCAAAGUUGGUGGGUUGCAGUCUCUUGUGCUUUUCAGAAAUUUUGUCGAUUAAAUGUUUGGAUGUAGGA